AUGAUCGAGCUGGACCUGCCUCUCCCCGACGUCAUCACCGCGACGGAUGCGGCGGGAACUUCGGCGAUAUCUGCGCUUGUCGCAGGCCCAGGGAGCGGCAAGCCCGUCGCCGCCGCCUCCGAAGCAGCAGCAGCAGCAGCAGCAACCGGAACGUUUCUUGCCAAUACUCCCGGCGUUGUCGCUGCGUGCGGCGUGCAUGUGUGCGCGUGUUCGGACUACAAGGAGGCCAUUUACGACCUCGCGAAUGCGAGCUGGAGGCAGCUCGGGGACGUGUGUGUCAUGAAUAACAAUCCCCGCAAUUCCACCCCUGCGCGCUCCCACACUCCGAUCAAGAAGCGCGCCGAUGUUCCCAAGGUUCCCCUUUCUGGUAAAACUGCUGCGCAGGGCAACCAGCAGCACCUGCCUCAGCAGCAGCAGCAGCAGCAGCAGCAGCAGCAGCAGCAGCAGCAGCAGCAGCAGCAGCAGCAGCAGCAGCAGCAGCAGCAGCAGCAGCAGCAGCAGGACGAGCAGGCGCAGGAGGAGUUUUCGUUUUUCCAGUUUCCUGUCGUGCCGCAGCGCACCCUGUCCCUUCCGCUGGUGGAUCGCCCCCGCCUCGGGGAAGCCUCGCCCUUGGGAAACGACGGCUGGGCCGUGACGGGCAUUGCGGGCGCUGCGCCAGACUGGCGCGACAUGUCCGCUGCGGAGGAGGUGCGCUGCGCCGCAAUGCGCGAGCAGGGGUACUGUCUGUUCGCCAGGGGCGGCGGCGUGUGCUCGCCUGGCGGGCUUGGCGGGUUCUCCGUACCCGUGCAGUGA